AUGGAUAAAAAGCAAAACACAAAGAAUGACUAUCCGGCGGCACUAGAUCCUAUAUCAGCUAUCCUUAUGGACCAUAUAUCCACUGGAGCUUAUAACGCUGCUAGAGAAGUGUAUCAGAAUGCAUGUACUCUUCUGCCGAGUAACAAACUGAAACUACCUGAGAAAGCAGCCUCAGUCUACAUGUCCGUUAUUGAAAGACAUAAAGCUGAUAACAAUUUUGAUGAAGCUAUAAAAGCAUAUGAAUCAGUGUAUGACCUUAUACCGGGUCAGAAAAUUAUGCCGGAGGACAAAAUCGCUUCCAUAUACAUAUCAGCUAUUGAAACCUGCCUACGUGAAGGCAACUUUUUCACAGCUACACAACGAUAUAAAUCAGCAUGUCUUUUACUGCCGAGUCACAAAAUGAUACUAGAUCGGAAAACCGCCUCCAUCUACACGGCAACUAUUGAGAGACAUACAGCUGAUGACAAUUUUGAUGAAGCUAUAAAAGCAUAUGAAUCAGUGUAUGACCUUAUACCGGGUCAGAAAAUUAUGCCGGAGGACAAAAUCGCUUCCAUAUACAUAUCAGCUAUUGAAACCUGCCUACGUGAAAGCAACUUUUUCACAGCUACACAACGAUAUAAAUCAGCAUGUCUUUUACUGCCGAGUCACAAAAUCAAACUAGAUGAGAAAAUGGCUUCCAUCUACACGGCAACUAUUCAGAGAUAUACAGCUGAUGACAAUUUUGAUCAAGCCACACGAGUAUACGAUUCAGUACGCCGUCUUCUCCCGGGCCACAAAUCCAAAUUGGAUGAGAGAACGAUUUCCAUCUACAUUUCACUUAUUAAAAGACAUACAGCUGAUGACAAUUUUGAUCAAGCCACACGAGCAUAUGAUUCAGUACGCCAUCUUCUCCCGGGUCACAAAUCCACAUUAGAAGAGAAGACGACUUCUAUCUACAUUUCACUUAUUGAAAGACAUACGGCUAAUGAGAAUUUCGAUCAAGCCAUACGAACAUAUGAAGCACUACGUCUUCUGCCUGAUCAUAAAAUUAUACCUGAUGACAAAAUCGCUUGCAUCUACACGGCAGCUAUGGAAAGACAUACAGCUGAUGGCAAUUUUGAUCGAGGCAUACGAGCAUAUGAUUCAGUACGCCAUCCCCUGCCGGGUCACAAAUCCAAAUUAGAAGAGAAAACGACUUCUAUCUAUAUGUCACUUAUUGAAAAACACACGGCUGAUCGGAACUUCGAACAAGCCACACGAGCAUAUGAUUCACUACGCCGUCUUCUUCCGGGUAACAUAACUAAAUUAGAUGAGAGAACGAUUUCCAUCUAUAUUUCACUUAUUCAAAGACAUACGGCUAAUCAGAAUUUCGAUCAAGCUAUACGAACAUAUGAAGCACUACGUCGUCUUCUGCCUGAUCAUAAAAUUACAGCUGAUGACCAAAUGGCUUGCAUCUACAAGGCAGCUGUGGAAAGACAUACAGCUAAUGGCAAUUUUGAUCGAGGCAUACGAGCAUAUGAUUCAGUACGCCGUCUUCUGCCGGGUCAAAAAUCCAUAUUAGAAGAGAAAACGACUUCUAUCUAUAUGUCACUUAUUGAAAGACACACGGCUGAUCAGAACUUUGAUCAAGCCACACGAGCAUAUGAUUCACUACGCCGUCUUCUUCCGGGUAACAUCACCAAAUUAGAUGAGAGAACGAUUUCCAUCUAUAUUUCACUUAUUGAAACAUAUAAGACUAAUGAGAAUUUUGAUCAAGCCAUACGAGCAUAUGAAUCAGCAUGUAAUCUUCUACCGGCUGAGAGAAUUACAGCUCAUGAGAAAAUGGCUCCUAUCUACACCGCAGUAAUUGAGAGACAUACGCGUGAGCAGAAUUUUGAUGAAGCAAGACGAGCAUAUAAUUCAGUACGCGGUCUUCUUCCGGAUCACAAAUCCAAAUUGGAAGAGAAAAUGACAUCCACGUACAUUUCACUUAUUGAAAGACACACGGCUGAUCAGAACUUUGAACAAGCCACACGAGCAUAUGAUUCACUACGCCGUCUUCUUCCGGGUAACAUAACUAAAUUAGAUGAGAGAACGAUUUCCAUCUACAUUUCACUUAUUCAAAGACAUACGGCUAAUGAGAAUUUCGAUCAAGCCAUACGAACAUAUGAAGCAGUGCGUCGUCUUCUGCCUGGGCAGAAAAUUAUCCCUGAUCGGAAAAUGGCUUGCAUUUACGUUUCACUUAUGGAAAGACAUACGGCUAGUCAGAAAUUUGAUGAAGCUGUAAAAACGUAUGAAUCGGUAUAUGAUCUUCUGCCAGGUUCCAAAAUUGCGUCUGAUGAGGUUAUGGCUUCCAUAUACAUAUCAGUUAUUGAUAUGCGUCUGCUGAUUGCAAGACAUACAGCUGAUAAUAAUUUUGAUCAAGCUAUACAGGCAUAUGAAUCAGCAUGUAAUCUUCUGCCGGGUGAGAGAAUUAAAGCUGAUGAGAAAAUGGCCUCCAUGUACACGGCAGUUAUUGAGAGACAUACGCGUGACGAGAAUUUUGAUGGAGCAAGACGCGCAUAUAAUUCAGUACGCGGUCUUCUUCCGGAUCACAAAUCCAAAUUGGAAGAGAAAAUGACAUCCACGUACAUUUCACUUAUUGAAAAACACACGGCUGAUCAGAACUUUGAUCGAGCCACACGAGCAUAUGAUUCACUACGCCGUCUUCUUCCGGGUAACAUAACUAAAUUAGAUGAGAGAACGAUUUCCAUCUACGUUUCACUUAUUCAAAGACAUACGGCUAAUGAGAAUUUCGAUCAAGCCAUACGAGCAUAUGAAGCAGUAUGUUGUCUUCUGCCUGAUCAUAAAAUUAUACCUGAUGACAAAAUCGCUUGCAUCUACACGGCAGCUAUGAAAAGACAUACAGCUAAUGGCAAUUUUGAUCGAGGCAUACGAGCAUAUGAUUCAGCACGCCGUCUUCUCCCGGGUCACAAAUCCAAAUUGGAAGAGAAAACGACUUCUAUCUACAUUUCACUUAUUCAAAGAUACACGGCUGAUGAGAAGUUUGAUCAAGCCACACGAGUAUAUGAUUCACUACGCCGUCUUCUUCCGGGUAACAUCACCAAAUUAGAUGAGAGAAUGAUUUCCAUCUACAUUUCACUUAUUGAAAGACAUACGGCUAAUGCCAAUUUCGAUCAAGCCAUACGAACAUAUGAAGCAGUAAGUCGGCUUCUGCCUGGUCACAAAAUUAUGCCAGAUGAAAAAAUGUCUUGCAUGUACACGGCAGCGAUUGAAAGACAUACAGCUGGUCAGGAAUUUGAUGAAGCUAUAAAAGUAUAUGAAUCAGUAUAUGAUAUGCCCCCGACUCACAAAUCCAUAUUAGAAGAGAAAACGACUUCUAUCUAUAUGUCACUUAUUGAAAGACACACGGCUGAACAGAAUUUUGAACAAGCCACACGAGCAUAUGAUUCACUACGCCGUCUUCUCCCGGGUCACAAAUCCACAUUAGAAGAGAAGACGACUUCUAUCUACAUUUCACUUAUUGAAAGACAUACGGCUAAUGAGAAUUUCGAUCAAGCCAUACGAACAUAUGAAGCAGUACGUCGGCUUCUGCCUGGUCACAAAAUGAUGCCAGAUGACAAAAUGGCUUGCAUCUACGUCUCACUUAUUGAAAGACAUACGGCUGGUCAUAAAUUUGAUGAAGCUAUAAAAGCAUAUGAAUCAGCAUAUGAUCUUCUGCCGGGUCGCAGAAUUGCGCCUGAUCAGGUAAUGGCUUCCAUAUACAUAUCAGUUAUUGAAAUCCGUCUGCGUCAAGCGAAGUACUGUAUAGCUACGCGACGAUAUAAAUCAGCAUGUCUUUUACUGCCGAGUCACAAAAUGAUACUAGAUCAGAAAACGGCUUCCAUCUACACGGCAACUAUUGCAAGUCAUAGAGCUUGUAAUAAUCUUGAUCAAGCUAUACAGGCAUAUGAAUCAGCAUGUAAUCUUCUGCCAGGUAACAGAAUUAUAGCUGAUGAGAAAAUGGCCUCCAUGUACACGGCAGUUAUUGAGAGACAUAUGGGUCACGAGAAUUUUUAUCAAGCUAUACGAGCAUAUAAUUCAGUACGCCGUCUUCUUCCGGAUCACAAAUGCAAACUGGAAGAGAAAAUGACUUCCAUCCACAUUUCAGUUUUUGAAAGACUUACGGUUGCUGAGAAUUUUCAUCAAGCGAAACAAGGAGAUGCAGUAGUACGUGAUCUUCUGGCUCAGAAAAUUAUACCUGAUGAGAAAAUGGUCUCCAUCUACACGGCAGUUAUUGACAGACAUAUGGCUGAUGAGAAUUUUCAUCAAGCGAUACGAGCAUAUGAAGCAGUACGUCGUCUUCUGUCUGAUCAGAAAAUUAUACCUGAUGACAAAAUGGUCUCCAUCUACACGGCGGUUAUUGGGAGACAUACGGCUGAUGAGAAUUUUGAUGAAGCUGUGCGAGCAUAUGAUUCCGUAUGUCGUCUUCUGCCAGGUCGCAAAAUUAUGCCGGAUGAUGAAAUGGCUUCCAUGUACAUAUCAGUUGUUGAAACCUGUCUGCGCAAAGGGUACUAUCGUACUGCUGCAAAACGAUAUAAAUCAGCAUGUCGUUUUCUGCCAAGUCACAAAAUGAUACUAGAGGAGAAAAUGGCCUGCAUCUACAGGGCAGUUAUUCAGAGACAUACGGCUGGGGCGGAUUUUUAUGAAGCUCUACGGGCAUAUAAUUCGGUAUGCCGUCUUCUACCGGGUCACAAAAUAAUGCCGGAAGAUGCAAUGGGUUCGAUUUACAUAUCAGUUAUUGAAAAUCGUCUGCGUGAAGAGAACUUUCGGACAGCUAUAGACCGUGAUAUGAAUUGUCAGGGUGCAUGUACAUAUAAUCUAAACUCCGAAACUCCCCUACUUGUUCUUGCACUUAGAGAAGAAGAAAAAUGA